AUGGCCAUGAAGCGCAAGUCGGGGCAGGGCGGUAAGGCCGCAAAGGCCGCAAAGACCACGAAAGCUGCACCCAAUGGUGCCGAGUUUGAGCACGUCAAGAAAGAUCAGAAGAUGAAGUUUGCAUCCUGGAUUCAUUCCACUUUUCCACCUGAUGAUAGGCUGCUGUAUUCAAAGGAGUUGACGGCGGGUCCGCAGCUGCUGAGACCUUUCCACCUUUCAUGGAGGGCCGACUUUGGUUUGAGCGCCAUCAUUGAACCUGACAAUUUGGUGGAGAUAGUCGAGUUGAUCCUCCUGAACGGGUUUCGGACGGAUGGAGGCACGUUGCAAGGAGUGGAGAAGUUGUCCGUGACCAAGCCAGAUUCUGCCUUUUUGGAGUCGAAGUACAAGCCAUUGCCACCGCUGCCAGAAGCAAGUGACACACUGCCGCCAUUCAGUGUCGCCUAUGUCAAAGGCUGGCGCAGAAGCGUGAGCUGCUUGAUUAUAUGCGAAGCUAUCAAAGAGUUGGGGAUAGACAUGGCAGACCUCAGCACCGACUACAAGGCCAUGGGUGCAUCAAUGAAAUCAGUGUAUGCCAUUGUUGCCCCGUACGACCAUGUCCAGCAACAGGUGUUGGCUACCCGAGGAAUCUCAUGCGCUGCUGGGGUGAGACGGCCGCCGAACUGCUUCAACAUGAUUCGGCAGAUCGAGGUUUUGGACAGGGCAGGUGUGACCGAGGAAGCCGACAAGGUGUUGGCUAGCGCUGCAAAUGUUGCACGGGUCUACAAAGUUGGACCACGGGAGGCCAAUGCAAUUGUGCAGUUGAGCCAAAAGGUGACUGAACCCAUUCAGGCGCUCUUGAAGGAUGCUGUCCGCAAACGAGGGAUGAGAUCGUUUCUGACUCACGAAGCUAUUGGCAAAGAGAUCUUUAGCUUGGCCUGGUCCUCGGGUUCUGGCCAAUAUGACGCUUGGAACGAUGCUCUCACCAACAAAGACGACAAUGAAUUGGUAUCCCUUCUGAUUCGCCGGAUGUGCAGUGACUGGGACAAGCAGGGGACAUCUCGGAAAGCAUGGUCUUCCAAGGAGUUGGUUCCUCUACAUGUGUCAUGUGGAGGUUUCUUGGCUUUCAUGCGGUCCUUGAAGGACAAGAUUGCUCCGGGUGAGUAUUCCAAACAUGAGCAAUCAUUGAAAGACCAGUUCAUGGUUGGUGCUUUGGAUCCGGAGAUCGUCCAUGUGCUCCAAACGACAGUCCCACCAGCAAGCCUGGAGGCAGUUAGCUUCCUAAGGGCCAUCUCCGAAGACAUCGCGCAGAAACACAGAGCCGAACUUGAGGAGAAGGACAGAGAGCUAGCGUUGAAGGUGGCUGACGCAACCCUGAACCAGGUGAAGGCGAAACUGCUUGCAGACAUCGAGAUCUUGAAAGCAGUGGUCCCUACAGCUGAGACUGAAGCAAAGGAGGCAGGUUUGGAUCUGAAGAAAGGGCAAGCUCACACAAAGGCAUGGAUGGAGGAACACUGCAAAUUUGUUGUUGCCAAUGAUGGGGACAACAUGGUCUCAAGUGUGAAGGACAUUGCCCAGCACAUCUCGAAGUUACAAGAAGGCCCUGAAGGUUCACCCUGCCAGGUGUACACGCUUGUGUUGGUUGAUGUGACGGUUUUCCCAGCGAACGCAAAGUUGGUGAAUGGCGCUUUGGACUCUUUGGGCCUGCUUCUGAACAUGAGUGCCCAAAACGUGGGCCAUAUUCAGCUCCCAGUCUGCCACACCAACACCAGUGCCCCGAUUGUGUACAAACACAGGAGGCUUGUUGAGGACAACUUGAUGAACACUCAAAAGAUCGACAUCUCACAGACAGUUGCUCUCCACUUCAGCAAGCCAGAUGAGCCGCAUGGGGCUGACAAGCGUGGGGGUGUUCAAACAUGCUUGCAUGCUGAAUUUGCCCGCUCCGUUGUUGCCAAGAAGCUGGGGGCAACGUCAGCGAACUGGCCAGUCUUUUACUUCGGUUUGCUCAGGGACAGCCAGAAGGAUGUGAUUGACUUUGUGGAAGAAACGGUUUACACGCACUGGGAUGGUCAGCCCAAUGCUCCACCAAAGACUCGGGUCCGGGAGGUUGCCCAGGCUCCGGAUUUGAAGUUGAUUCUGUGGCAGAACCACCGCCCGGUUUUUCCGAUUUCCUUGUUGUCCAAGUUUUCUUCCGAUUCAGAUCACCAUGCUGAGAUCAAGAAGCUGAAGAAUCUGGUGGAGGGGAUGUGGCCUGCUUCAUCUUUGCCUGGAGAUUCAUCAACAGCAGGGGCACCUCUGAGGGCAGUCGAAUCGCCUGACCUUUCAGGAGUUGAAGUUCUGGAUGUUUCCCGGGAAGUGUCUUUGAGCAUGAUCCCCAUGAGUGACUUUUCGGAGGAGAGGUUGGCGGUAUGUCCGGGAAAGGGCGGCAAACCGAGUGUGCUGAUCACAAAGACUUUCGAAAUCUACUUGGGGAACCCCACUGAUGAUGAGAUGCUUGUUCAAAGCUGCGACAUUAUCGGGUUCUACACUGGGACGUUUGAGAUCAAAAUCAUCAAGAGCGCAGGACCUUUGGAGAAACACACCAUUCCAUGGCGUCUCGACAAUGACAUGACGCUGGUGGCGUAUGAGAAAAAGGUCAUGCCAUUGUGUGUCUUCAUGUGCAACCAAGCUCGCGAGCGUGGAAUUGGAGACUCUACGGUGGGAGACCACGAGAUCAGUCCCAUGACCCGCGCUGCAGGAGAGGGUGAUUCUGAUGGCCAAGCCGUCCUCCCGUAUCGCUACGAGGUGAAGCCGCUCGAGUCUUUCAAAACCAAUUGCUACAAGUCCAAUCCCCUGGGUGCGAACACAGAUAGCGAGUCUCACAAGCCUUGGACUAUUGGGGCAACUAUGUUGGGCAACUUCGACAAGCUCCCUCGUCAGGAGAACAACAAAACCGCAUCCUUGGUGUGGGAGGCCAGGGGUGUCUUUGCAGACAGGAGCCUCCACACCACGGCUCUUAGCCGUAAAACCGAAGGUGUACCUCACGUGCAGCUGCCGGCUGCCUGCGAAGACUUGGGCGCGCAUCACUAA